AUGCAGGUGGAUGGAGAAGACAUUAACAAAUUCGUUACUCGACUUCGGAUGCUAGCAGAGAGCUGCAACUAUGGCCAGCUUAAGGAUUCGCUGAUUAGAGAUCAGAUUGUAGUAGGCAUUCGCUCGGAUGAUACAAGGAAAGCUCUUUUAAAGACGGUAAAUUUGACACUAGCGGGAGCAAUCGAUACCUGUCGCGCGCAGACAUUGGUGGAGGAUAGAAUGGCAGCAAUGAGAAUCAAGGAGGAGCCACGGGAUUAUGAACCACCGGCUGAAGUGAUUGCUAAAGUGAAUACUAACAUACGACGAAAGUAUGAAUCAUUCCGCGAAAGCUGCAAGUAUUGUGGACGUAUAGACCAUAAAAUUGGAGACCGAGAGAGCUGUCCGGCGAAUCUUGUUACAUGCCGGAAGUGUGGAAAGCUAAACCACUUCGCUAGGGUGUGCAAAGUACAAAGUGACGAAGAACAUCGAAGUGCUAGAGGAUCACGAGAAGCAUCAACCAAUGAGCAAAAAAGUCCAAAAAAGUGA